AUGGAUGGAGAAAAAAUCCAUAUUAGCAUUAAUCGAAACCCCUUCAUGUUUGUACUCUAUCGCGUCCCAAUUGAGUCAUUGAAUACGUUGAAAAUUUCCGGACAUUUAUCACAAAUCUAUCAACUCGAUCAUCGUAAAUAUUUUCCACGUCCCUGGCCACCAAUACAAUUGUCCGAAGAUCGUGUACAUUUUAGUCAUGAUAUACCGUUGGCUUUUCGUCCUGGUCAUGUUAUGGUUAUAAUGGUAAAGUUGAGGGGUGAUAUCAAGGGUCGAUUCAUUAUGCAUUUUCGUAAUGCCGAGAAUAUUAAACGGCAAGAGGUUCAUAUUAGCAUGCGUUUUGAUAAGAAGAAGGUAAUACGCAAUUCGAAAUUACAGACACAGAGUAAAAAGGAUCCGCCGGAGAAAAUGGUUUUUGGCAGCGAAGAAAAGGACGGUCACUUUCCAUUUGAGGAUUUUUCAACGCCGUUUAAAAUAGCGGUGGCCUUCACUGAGUCGCAUUUUCGCAUGGCCAAGGAUGGUGUAUUUCUUUUCGACUAUGCCCUGCGUACACCAAAUGUUUUGCCUCAGAUAUCUGGUGUCAAGAUUUUUGGUAUCGAUGGUGUGACGGUACGUGUCAGUUCUAUUGAUCAUUUCCAUUUGGAUGAUCCGACGUAUUCUGAAAGUCUUAGCAUUUCGGUUUCUCAAAAGACAAACAAGCUGCUGACACAAAUGCCUCAAUGGGUUAUGUUGUGA